CAUCCCUCCUUAAAGCUCAACUUUGAGUUUCCUUACUCCUGCCUCUCUAUUACUGCGGAUGCACUCUGUGCUCUGAGUUUAUCUUUAGCCAACCUUUCCAGCACUGGCCCUGACUGUAAUCAGUUCUGUGAGCAGCAACCAUGAAGAUCACCUGCUUUCUGCUGCUGAUCCUCUAUCUAUCCUGCUUCCAGAUCAACCCAGUUGAUGUCCUUGACACAAAAAAAUGUCUCCAAGAAAACAACAACUGUCUCAUUCACAAAUGCCCGUGGUUUCUACUUCAGGUUAGCACCUGUUAUAAAGGAAAAGGCAGCUGCUGCCAAAAACGUCGCUGGUUUGCCAGAAGUCACGUGAACAAUGUGUAACCAAUGCUUUAAUAAAGGAAAACACCCUGACGUGUAGCUGCUUCAUACUAAAA